GGAAGCGAGAUGUGAGCUCGAGGUCCUCAAGACGCAGACGGACCCUGCUCCCCCUCUGGUACUUCUCUCCAUCCACUGUCGGUCGUUUACAUACACAAUGGAACUUGGCACCAAAGUCAAUGUAUAAAUCGUCUUUGAUUGUGUGAAAGAUCUUCCCGAUUACCAUUUUGUCCUUUGCUGGUCCCAUCUGCAUGAGAGGAGAAUUUCGUAGCAAUGACGCAAAUGAUUUUUCAUUUCUUGUAGACCCAAGUCUGACAGUAGUUCCCGUCUGAUUUUGUCUCUGCUGAAGGUCUGUGUGUUGUUCAUAUGCUGCAGCGAAGCCACUUUUCACCUUGUCGGCUGCUGGUUUUUGCGUUUCUUCCACCGCUUUUCCUUCCGAUGUUUCCUCGCUAUCUGUGCUGUAUAAGGACUUGCAAAUAUCAAUUGCUCGUUUUGGAAACACACAUGCGCCAGUCCUCGGACCUGAAACGACCUUGCACAAAGCUGCCAUGUUGGUGUGUCUGUCGCAAAGGACGGUGGAUGUUUUAUUUGUGUUACAUUUAAAUGAAAAGGGAAGGAAUACCACAAUAAUUAAAUUAGUACUGUGUAUAACAAUAACGAACUCAUUACAUUUGUGGUGGCAAAAUUAGUAUAAAAAAACAAAGCCCUUAAAAAACGCUACAUCGUCACGUUACGUUUUUGUUUUAAGUUAUCCGGCUUCCGUGGCAUAAAACAUUUUGACGUCAGCGUAAAUAUCCGGUAUUAGCUCGACAAAGUAUCCUUACAUUUCUGUUCUCUCUUUGGCAACAUCAUGGAGUUGUUUUUUUCUGGUCCACUUCUUCAUUUUUGCAGCGCUUCUUUUCCUACUGGAGCAUCUGUUCGUGAUCUAGUUGAUAUUUUUACGAAAGAAAAGGGAAUCCCGUCAUCGGAUCUCUAUGUCAAGAAUAAUGGACGACUAUCAGAGCUUGAUGAGAAAUUGCAGGCUGGAGCGGUGUAUCGACUGGAACCUCGUCUCUGUGGAGGGAAAGGAGGCUUUGGGUCUAUGCUUAGGGCUCUUGGGGCACAAAUUGAGAAGACCACAAACCGCGAAGCCUGCAGAGACCUAAGCGGAAGGAGACUAAGAGAUGUCAACCAUGAGAAAGAGAUGGCAGAGUGGCUUAAGAAGCAGGCAGACCGCGAGGCAGAGAAAGAGCAAAGGCGUCUGGAGAGACUGCAGAGGAAGCUGGCCGAGCCCAAGCAUCACUUUACAGACCCAGAGUACGAGAAGCAGUGCCACGAUCUCUCAGAACGCCUGGAGGACUCCGUUUUAAAAGGAAUGCAAGCCUCUUCCAGCGGACUAGUGAAAGUAGACGAGGCACCGAAACGCAAAAAGCCACCUCCAAACAAAGGCCAAGGGAAAAGCAAGAAGAAAUGCUUUUGGACUGGUGUUGGUGGCCUGGAUGACCUCGACAGCUCUGAGGAUGACGAUGAUGCAAGCGACAGCGGGAACUCUCCCUCCACAUCUGCUUCCGGUUCAGGGGUACCCGAUUGUCCCGUAACGGGAGCAACGUCAGCUCACACAUCAGCCUCUCAGAGCAGAGCGGAACAAACGGCAACUCCAGAAGCUCCUAGGGCAAGCAGCAACUCCAUCUCAGGACCCAGCUCUCCAGAGAGCCCAGCCGAGGUGCAGACACAAUCUCAAGCAGAGAUUGCUACCAGUGGUAGUGGGGAGCAGAAGGAUGUGGUCCCCACAGAAGAAACAUUCCCAAAGACCGACAAUCUAAGUGCAGCUCAGAGUAGCGUCAACCAAGCCGCUUGUGAAGAUGGGCCCUUAGACCUCCAGGCAGUGCACUCAGACAAGGAGUUGGAGACUUUGGGGUUGGACAGGCUAAAGGCAGAACUGAUUGCACGGGGGAUGAAGUGUGGGGGAACCCUGUCCGAGCGCGCUGCUCGCCUUUUCUCCACCGUAGGGCUUUCUGCAGAGGACAUUGAUCCUGCCCUAUUGGCCAAACCUAGCAAGAAGCAAUGACUGCCUAGUGCCUAUUACAGCACCGUAUAAUAUUGAGUCUUCUGCUAAGCGGACUUGUGAUAUAACUAUGCCAUGUGCCCCAGAUUCAAAGUGUGAUUUAUUUUUGUUUGCCCCAUAUAGUGGACACAAUUAAAGAUUGUCCCAGCUAUUGGAUAUAUCCCAGAAUUCUCCUGUUCUCAAUGCAUUUCUGACAUUUUUUUCUAGAGUAGAUUUUACUUUUUGAAAUUCUUAAGUCAAUGUACUGUCCCUUAUGUUUGAUGAAAUGUCACAAAUUAAAUGAACUUUCUCUUUAUCACAGUAGCUAGGUUUUUAUCCAAUUGGUGACAGAUUUUCAUGUACAUUUUCUAAAACGAUAUGCGCAUUUUUCAACUAGAGAUGUUACCAUCACGUAACUCCAAGUUUACUUUGAUAUGAUGGUUAUUAUAUUAACAUUUGAGUAUGAAGGUGUUUCCACUGCCAUUUCUCGUGUAAUUAAUUUUCCAGAAACACAGUGUUCCCACCUUGUCUAGCCUUUUGUGUUUUGUUGACAUUUGGAAAGUUAACACAAUUUGCUGUUUCCAAAAGGCCUGUUACUUUUUUUAAAUCCAACGUUCUUUACUCACAUAAAAAGGUUGAAUGGCAACCUGGUUAGUGAGUGGUUGUUCUCACAACCAACAUAUUUUUAGGACAGAGAAUUUAUCUUUGGCUUAAAAAUGAGGUUCAUAACUCUGGAAAUGGCUAUCUUGUUGUUCUGUGGUCUUAUAUGUUCCUUUUGUGGAUAUAUGGUUGAAUAAAAGGACUUACUGUAUUGUUUUAAGCUCAAA